AGUGUUUGUUUAAUGUUCUAAUAAUGCUGCAUUCUUCGAUUUUACCAAAACAUCUCGUGGCGUAUUUGUUUCCCUCAGAGUAUGUUCUGUUAUAUAUGUGGUUAACGCUACAAGUUUCUAUGAGUUCGUAAUCAAAUUUCUCUAAUGGAAAAUUCGAGUAGUUAGUGAAUGUGUAGAGUUUGUAAAAAUCUGUUGCUACAGGUAUAAAAAAAAGUUUAUAUUAUAUAUAAUGGCCUUAGUAAAAUUGAACGCAUCUAGUUCACCUUCGAUAGAAUUAAGUCCCUACAGAGAUCAACAUUUUAAGGGAUCCAGAGCAGAACAAGAUAGACUUCUUAGAAAUUCUACUACUUUAUACGUCGGUAAUCUUUCUUUUUAUACUACAGAAGAACAAAUCUAUGAAUUAUUUUCAAAAUGUGGAGAUAUCAGACGUAUCAUUAUGGGAUUAGAUAAAUAUAAAAAAACACCCUGUGGCUUUUGCUUCGUUGAGUAUUAUCAAAGAUCAGAUGCAGAAAAUUGUAUGAGAUAUAUCAAUGGUACACGUCUUGACGACAGAAUUAUUAGAACAGACUGGGACGCUGGAUUUAUAGAAGGCAGACAAUAUGGACGUGGAAAGACAGGAGGACAAGUGAGAGACGAAUAUAGAUCUGACUUUGACAGCGGUAGAGGAGGUUACGUAAAAGGAGGAGAAACAAGCAUGCUAUCAUUGAUGAAAUAUUCGCAGUCAACGGUAUGAUAAGAUAUGAUCUAAGAUAUUAUAUUAAAUUACAAUGUAUGUUUAAAGAUAAAAUUUAUAAAAAAAAAUAAGGGAAAAAAAUUAU